ACCGGUGUUUUUUCAUAUUGUACGCUCAAAUGUGUCACAACCGUUAGUUAAUCUGUUUCACACAAACCGUUCUGUCACAGCGCUAGGUGUUAGGCUGUACGCCAUCUAUACAUCGUUUAAAUUUAUCAUUCCUGAAAAGACAAAAACAAAAGCAGCGUCAACAAUCGGAAGAUUUUUUUCAACGAUGGAAACGGUAAAAUUAACAUCAAUUGAAGAAUGCUUGGCACAAAUAAAACUGGAGCCAAAUGAGCAAUCAGACUCCGUCCAGUGCAUUGAAGUAAAAACCGAACACAUCGAAAUUAAUCGUAUUGAGUUGGAACAUUAUAUGCAACAACAUUAUAAUUCUGUUUUCGACAUAUGCAGUGAUGUAUUUUAUUCCAUAUCAGCCUAUUUGUCACGACUUGACUGUCCAAAUAGUUCAACUCAAGUUUUGUAUUGGGCCAUGCAGCAGUAUACAUUAUGGUUGGAUACAAGCCGAAAUGUGCUCAACUCCUUCAACAUAACAAUAGAAAAUCAUCCGAACAUGAACUUCUCGCCCGCAUUCACAGCCGCAUCCGAAAUAAAAAUGGAAAUCGGUUAUAUUAAAGAGUCAUUCGACUGUAUGAAUGUUUUAAUGAUGGAAUUUGAUCCGAGAACGGCUCAUGCCAUCAAAGUGAAAAAUAAACUUUUUCUUUCGCAAUUACGGAACAUGUUAGAUCAAACUCAACAGUUGGUCAGCAUUGCCAUUGAUUCUCCCACGCCAUUUCCCUUAAAACUGGAUUGGCGCGAUGAUAAGUGUUUUUUUGCCAUACAUUUAAGUUAUGAAAAUGUAAGCAAUCAUUUGUUUAAUCGAUGAAGAAAAUUCAUAACCUCAACUUAGUUCUAAACGUUGUAAUACAUAACUUGGCAUAUUUUUACGCAUACAUACACAUACACGUACUCACAGAAAAAGUGGAGGCGGUUUUUCCGCAAAUUAUUGUAGCAACAGCAGAGCUGCAAUAAAAAUGUGUUUCUUGUAGCUUAUUUUGACAGCUACGUACAAGUGUGUGUGUUUUGACAUUUUACAUUAUUUGUAGCAUCUGUAUAAACUAAAAACCAAUGUGAUGUUAAUAAAACAUUUUAAUAUUUAUUUUUUAAAUAAUUUUAGAAAUGUCAUUUUGACAAUUUAAAUUCGUGAUUUCAGAGAUGAAAAAAGUGUGAAGAAUUAUUUUCCACCGAAAUUUUCAACCAAAUUCGACACAAUUGCUCUGGCAGGAUUUUUUAACUUGUAAAUAUACGAAAAAAAUUUGAUAUUCAUUACUUUUUUUUAAAUUAAUAGUGAUGUCGCUUUGACAUUUUUAAAUCUUAAUUUCAGAGAUGCAUGUAUAUAAUCUUAGGAUUUGAAGAAUUUGAUUCCAGAAUCCGAGUUUAGUUUUCAGACAUCAACGUCAGUGAUGUUCCCAAACAUCAAAUGUAGAUGGUGUGUUAUAAUCGCUAUCGCACACUUGUCUACACUUACACUGACUAAUACACAUUUAAAUACACUUCAAACUAAUACAUACUAACUGCAAUACAAGUAAAAUAUAUUACUUAUAUUACAAAUAAUGUAAAAUGUCAAAACACACACACUUGUACGUAGCUGUCAAAAUAAGCUACAAGAAACACAUUUUUAUUGCAGCUCUGCUGUUGCUACAAUAAUUUGCGGAAAAACCGCCUCCACUUUUUCUGUGAGUAUAUAGUAUAUAAAAACACGCGCGCGCACACAGACAAACAGCAAACAUCGAAUUAUACACGGGCAUCCAUACAACUAUGCAUUGUUUAAAAUCAAUGAGCAACAACUGAGUAAUAUCGUCUCUUUUACACUCGUUAACAUUUUAACGUUUUGAUUGUGUUUGUUUGUCAUACAUUGUAUUCACCUAAGAUUCGUAAAUGCUGUACAGACACAAAAGAAAUCUCAUCAUCAUUGAAUGUGUAAACGUGAAAAUUAUCUAAAUAAAUGAACUUAAAACGAUAUAAAA